AAUGAUCUGAUAGAUCUGAGUUAUCGCUCAUCUCUUAUCGGAGAUAAUGCAACAUCUUUUUCUGGCAGCAAUCAAGCAUCCACAUUUCAGUUAUAUGUAAACAAGAACAAUAAACAAGUGGUGAUUGUCCAGGAAAAGAAAAUACCUUCCAAUUGAUUACGGAGUGUCUCCAUUUAUGUUAGGACCAAAUGUAAAUUGGAUUUAGAAUGAGUAAUUCAUCAGGAAAAUGACCCCGGCCAACAAAAGGUAAAUAAAUAUGAAGGGAACUGUAGAACAGACGAGCAAAUCAGAUAAUGUGUGAUACUGUUAUUCAACAUUCUGUUGCCUUUGUUCUUGAAAUCUUUUGCAACAUCUGAUUAUGAUGCAAUGUUCUAUGAGCCAAGACAAUGUUAGUUUACAAUGUAAUGUGAAAUUUCUUCAUGGUGGUAUUAAUUUUACCGCUUUCAUAAUGUCAUCCCUUUUAAAAAGAAAAACAUAUAUCAGCAAUAUAUUUCCGGAGGUUGUGUCCUAACUUCCCUAACAAGCAGGCUGGCUGUUAAAGUUAGUUUCAUUAGAUGAUCGUGGUUGUUGGGCGCGUGUUUCUAGUGCAACUGUUAUUUUUUUUCUGAAGAUUUUGUUAAUUUAUUACUUUUUAAGGAUUUUGGUGUCAGUUUCGAAAUAAUCAAAUGCAGGUAAAAUCAAACUAUGCUGCAACUGAGUUAGGUUUGGUCGCACGUUCUGCAGGGUCUGUUUCCCCACUGCUUGAUCAUGGGCCAGUUUGAACAAAUGCUUUACAUGGCAAUAGCUUAUUUGCUAUUUGUACAGUCCUAUCCACAAAAAGACAACUCCAUUCGAUUUAUUGCCUUUGGAGAUGGGGGAGGCCUUCCUUAUCCACCAUAUACGACUAAUAUCCAGAAAGCUACUGCAAACGAGAUGGGAAGAGUUGCCCAGGAGUCGGGAGCAGAUUUUGUAUUGAACGUCGGAGAUAAUUUUUACUACCGUGGUGUAAAUAAUGUAAACGACUUAAGAUUUAAGGAAACAUUUGAGAAUGUAUUUACAGCUCCUUCCAUUGUCAAUAUACCGUGGUAUAUUCUGGCAGGAAAUCACGAUCAUUUGGGUAACGUUUCAGCACAGAUUGCUUAUUCAAGGAUAUCUAAGAGAUGGAACUUUCCAGAUCUCUACUACGAGUUGUCUUUCAAGAUUCCUAACGUCAAUGUUUCUGCCACCAUUCUGAUGAUUGACACUGUUGUGAUCUGUGGAAACACUGAUAAAGGCAAUCAACCAAAAGGACCAAAAAAAUAUCAUUUAGCACAGAAGCAACUUCAGUGGAUCCAGGAGAAGCUGGCACGUUCCAGGUCUGACUACUUGAUAGUUGCUGGUCACUACCCUGUGUGGUCCAUCGGGAAGCAUGGACCCACUCCUUGCCUCGUAAAACAUCUGAAGCCACUUCUAGAGAAAUACAACGUGACAGCCUAUAUCAGCGGCCAUGAUCACAGUCUGCAGUUUAUUCGGGAGGACGAUGGGACUGGGUACAUCGUCACUGGAAGCGGGACUUUCAUUGACAAGUCUACGGUACACAUCAAGAAGAUUCCCACAAGCUGGCUCCAAUUCUACAAUGCUAAGAUUAGUGCUCUGGGUGGAUUCACUCUGAUCGAGAUGUCCCCUGUGCAUCUAGUUGUAUCGUACAGGCAGCCGUAUGGUAUGGUGGUUUUCCAAACCAUAUUACCCAGGCGUAAACUUACUUCCAAUGAAAAUUAGACUUAGAAAUGAUCCUUGUUUAAUUUUUCAUAAUAUAUUUCAUAUGGCUUAAUUGGUUCUAAACUUGCACCUGCUUAAUUUGGGAAUUAAAUGUUCAACUAUUUGCCUUUGCAUGUAUCCCAAGCCCAGAAAUAGCCUUUGCAGAGAGAUGACAAAGCUCACGGUUGGACUUAAGAUAGACUCAAAAUGCUGGAGUAACUCAGCGGGACAGGCAGCAUCUCUGGAGAGAAGGAAUGGGUGACGUUUUUAGUCGGAACCCUUAUUUAGAUUGGUGUCUGAAGAAGGAUUCCAAUAUGAAACAUCACCUAUCCUUGUGCUCCAGAGAUGCUGCCUGACCUGCUGCGUUACUCCAGCAUCUUGUGACUAUCUUUGAUAUAAACCAGCAUCUGCAGUUCCUUCCUACUCACCAUUGAACGUUCCCUAGGCACACACGUACAUGAGUCGAUAGACAGAAUGCGUCAGUUCAAGAAUCCCAAUGUUGCGGGUUGGCCUCGGAGGCCUCGGCAAGUCCAGAAAUGGAUGACAGAUUUUUGAGUAGAUGUCAAGGGUUAUGGGGAGCUGGCAGGAAAGUUGGAUUCAGAGGCAGAGAUCAGCCGUAAUUGAAUUGUGUAGUGGACUCGAUGGGCCGAAAGGCCUAAUUCUACUCCUAAAACUUGUGAAUUUGCGUCGGGUAGCACCUCCACACACGCUCCAGCAUAGCCCUAAUGCUAUGCAUCCCUUAUGUCUGUAAUAUAGAAACAGGGUCCCGACCUGAAACCUGUCCUAUCAAUGUUCCCCAGAGAUGCUGCCUGACCCAUUGAGUUACUCCAGCAUUUUGUAUCUUUUUUUUGGUACAAAUCUAUAUCCUGGAGCAUGCCCCACAACUUCAAAGUACACCCUUCCACCAAUCGAUGGUACUUUAUUGUGCAGCGAAAUCCCUUUUAUCUGCACAGUUUAGUAAACAUAGACAUAUAGACAUCGGCACAAUGAUACUCAAUCACAAUCCCAAUAAUGCUUUAUUAGCCAAGCAUGUUUUGCAACAUACGAGGAAUUUCAAUUGCCAAGUCAGUCAUACAAAUAAAAAGUAACGGAACACACUAAACACAUUUUAACAUAAACAUCCACCACAGUGACUCCUCCACAUUCCUCACUGUGAUGGAAGGAGAAAAGUACAAGUGUACAAAAGUACAAAGUACAGCAGCACCCAGUCUCACCACCCUACCCUAGCCCUGAAGCCGCCUCUACUA